GGUUAGUAAGUAUAACUGUGUAGUAAUUAGUAUAGUUUCCACUUAAGAGGAUAUAUGUGGCUGUUUAUUUACUUUAUAAUAUUACCAGAAUAUCUUUUUCAGUAUGCCUAAAUUAUUAUAUAAUUAUAUAAUCGACCUGAAAUACAAUUUCCAGGAAAUUUUGAUAUUUUUCUUUUUUGCCCUUUUACUUUUUCGAUUCGUGGAAUAUUUAAGACAUAACCGAGAAUUUUUUAAAAAAGUAUCGAAAAUACAUGGACCUCCAGGCUUGCCAAUCAUCGGAAAUGCCUAUAUAUUCUUGCGAAAUUCAGCAGAUUAUAUGAAGACAAUAGAAAAGCUGUAUUACCAAUACCCAAAAAUCUGUAAAAUUUGGUUGGGACCUAAUAAAACAUAUUGUUUAUUGUCUGAUCCUGAAUACAUUAAAAUUGUAUUAACUAAUCCUAAGGCUAUAGAUAAGAGUGACGUUUAUGAAACAAUAACUGAAGUUUUUGGCCCUGGGAUAUUAACAGCACCAGCUAAAAUAUGGAAACCUCAUCGAAGAGCAAUUUCUCCCUCUUUUAAUAAAAAUAUUUUAGAUUCAUUUGUUAACAUUUUCGCACAAGCUAGUGCCGAAUUCGUAAAACGACUGAGAGAAGUUGGAAACAAAAAAGAUUAUGAUUGGUCUAUUUUUGCUAAAAGAUAUUCAUUGGACGUAUCUUGUAAAACUAUAAUAGGUGUCGAUUUGAAUAUUAAUUAUGCGAAACCCAGAGGAGAUGAUCUUGGACACGCUAUAGAAAUGAUAAAUUAUUAUGGAACAAUAAAACAUCUGAAGGUGUGGUAUCAGGUGGCCGCAAUUUAUAAAUUUUCGUCAGUCAAAAGGAUCUUUGAAAAAUACACUAAGCGCUUCAACAAGAUCACAACUUUGGCAGUCGGCGAAAAGCUUCAUCAAUUAAAAGAAAAUGUUGACGCUGUUUAUUCAGAAACUGAAGAAAAGAAAAGAAUACCCGACUUAUUGGAAUUAAUUUAUAAAAAUCCAAUUUUUACCGAAGAAAGUUUAAUCUAUGAAGUCAACACAUUUUUGGCAGCGUCUAUGGAUACUACUGGCAUGGUCAUUUGCACGUUGUUUAUAAUGUUAGCAAUGCAUCCAGAUAUACAGCAAAAAGUUUAUGAUGAAGUUAUUGAUGCAGUUGGACUUACCGGGGAAAUUGAGUCGUCAAAUUUAGUGAAAAUGAAAUAUACAGAAAGGGCAAUUAAAGAAAGUUUGAGACUUUUUCCACCAGUGGUGACGUUUGGAAGAACAAUAACCGAAGAUAUAGACCUUGGUGAUAUUAUAAUUCCAAAAGGCAUGAUGGCUAUGGUGAUUCCGAGUAUACUUCACAGGGACCCAAAGUACUGGAAAGAUCCACUAACAUUUAAUCCAGAUAGAUUUUUACUUGAGGAAAAAAGUAAACGACAUCCUUGCACAUAUAUUCCUUUCUCUUAUGGUGCCAGAAACUGUAUAGGUAAAUAUUAUGCGUUUCAAAAUUUAAAAACUCUAACAGCAACAGUGAUUCGAGAAUUUAAGAUGUGCACCUCAUAUAAAUCAGUAGAAGAGAUUGAAUUUAGUUUGCAAGCAGUUCUUACAUUGACACAUGGUGUUAAAUUGUGGUUUGAACCACGAACAUAAUGGGUAUAAUUGUUUAUUAGUGUAUUUAAUGAAUAAAUAGAUAAUUUUUUUCACAGAGAAUGUUUCUAUUAAAAAUGUUGAAUAACACCCUUGUAAUGGACUAAAAAUUCAUUCCUAUUUUUUAAUUAACUGGAUCAACCCUUUUCU